AUGGCUCUCUUGUGGGUGUGCGCAUUUGCUGCCGCACUUGCGUCAGCAGCUCAGGAGCAGCCGCAGCUCCGAGGAAGCAACGCAACAUUUCUGAGAAAGACUGCUGUGCAGAAGGCCUCCUCCUCCUCUUCGGCACACCUUGCGUGGAUGCCAGACUUGUCGUUUUGCCUCUCGAGCGAUGGAAACCGCAUCGGCAAUGGUGUCAAGGUGCAACUCUGGCAGUGUAAUAACAAGUGGCACAGCAGUGGGCAGAACUUCUUCCUGGAAGACUCUGGGCGAAUCAGAAUGCAUCUUAAUCCAGACUAUUGCCUUGUGAUCGACGGCGACAAGUAUGAGAACGGAGCGAAGAUUCAGCUGUGGAAAUGCAACGACGGCAACAAGCACCAGACCUGGUACUUCAAUGAUGCCGGACAGAUCCAGGCCCGUAACUCCCCGACACAGAUGUGCCUGGUGAUCGACAGCAACCAGGCCUUCAAUGGGGCGAAGAUUCAACUCUGGUCUUGCCAGCGGCCUUCUGACAAGCUCCAGGACUGGGUGAAAAUCGCCUUGAACCCUUCGGGGUCUCGGGCCUACGCGCUCCCCGACGAGGACAAGGCCUGCAAGUUUCCCUUCGAGCCUGUGGCCACUGACACAGCCGCCUGUGUGGAGGCCGCUGAGGCAAUCCGCCCAGGACAGGGAUGUCACUGGGGAGGUGGCUGGGCAGACGUCGUCUCCGAAGUGAGCUACUCUGACUGGCCUCAGGGAUGCUACUUUUACGCUGCGUGCCAGGGCGGCUGCUCUCUUGGAUUCAACCCCAUGGGCCAGGGCAGCAGCUGUCCGACACAGGGUGAGUGCAUGAGCAUCAGUAUGAUCUGCCAGAUGUCGCUGCAAUGA